AUGCGGUCGAACCGCCUCGCUUGGGCUACGGCGGCCCUCGCGCCUCUGGCCGCCGCCGCCGGCUCGCUCAAGGACAUUAAGCAUAUCGUCCUGUUCAUGCAAGAGAACCGCGCCUUUGACCAUUACUUUGGCACCAUGGCCGGCGUGCGAGGGUUCGGUGACCCCAAUGUCCAGGUCAACAACGAUGGCCGCACCGUCUUCGAGCAGCCCAUCCCCGAGGCCAAGAAUGGCGUCGACAUCCUGAAGCCGUGGCACAUCAACUACCUGGGCGGCGAGUGGAAGCAGGCCACGCAGUGCAUGGCCGCCGGCGACAACGGCUGGGGAGCCAUGCACUCGGCCUACAACAGCGGCCUCGGCAACAACUGGGUCCGCGCCGACGGCGCCUGGAGCUUGGGCUACUUCAAGCGCGAGGACGUCCCGACGCAGUGGGACAUCGCCGAGGGCUGGACCCUCGCCGACAUGGCCACGCAGAGCGUCCUCGCGGCCACGGAUCCGAACCGCAUCAUGUGGAUGAGCGGCUCCAUCAACAUUCCCGGCUCGCCCUCGAACCCAGACGGCUCUGGCGGCAUCAUCAUUGACAACUCGGCCACGCCCGGCUGCGAGGCCCCGCGCCUCAACUGCUUCCCCUUCGUCUGGAAGACGUUCCCCGAGUACCUCGAAGACGCCGGCAUCUCGUGGCAGGUCUGGCAGGACCUUGACAACUUCGAGGACAACAUGCUCGCGUACUUCGAGCAGUACCAGCUCGCCAAGAACGGCUCCGCCCUGCGCACCAAAGGUAACUCGUACCCGGGCCUCGAUGCCUUCUACAAGGCCGCCGCCGAUGGCACGUUGCCCCAGGUCAGCUGGAUCGUGGGCCCCCAGGAACUCGCCGAGCAUGCGCCCAACCAACCCGUCGACGGCGCCUGGCUGCAGAAGAAGGUCGUUGAUGCCAUCACCAGCAGCCCCAAGUACCACGAGACGGUUCUCAUCAUCAGCUACGACGAGCAGGGAGGGUGGGCAGACCACGUCGUGCCCCAAGCGCCCGACAGGGAUGCGGCCGGCGAGUGGAUGAUGGACCCGUACAACCAGUACGGCAUUGUGCCUGUUGGCCCGGGCUGGCGCACGCCUCGAACCAUUGUGUCGCCCUGGACUCGCGGCGGCAAUGUCUUCACCGAGCGUGCCGACCACACGUCCGACAUCAUGUUUGUCGAGCAGUGGGCCGCGGCGCAAGGCUACAAGGGUGUCUACAGCAAGGAGCUCACCCAGUGGCGCAGGGACCACAUGUCCAACCUGGUCAACGCCUUCGACUUUACCCACUCUGAUACAUCGUGCCCCGAUAUCACACAGCCGCCCACUCCGGAAAGCCUGCCCGACGAUGGCACCCACUACAGCGGGAACCUCACCCUUGGCUCCCUUACAGGUCCAUGGGUCGGCCCGGCCAAGUGCCUCCAGAACCACAGGACCCCACGACCGGAUAUUCCCUACGGUUCAUCCAAUGCCAACCAGAACAUGACCACCCUGGUCGAGGAGGGGUUCAAGCGCGUCCGCGGCAAGCUUACCGAGGGCCGCUACCUGACGUUUGAGAGCCGGGGCUACGCGCUGACGGCGAUUCGAGACCGUUACGCCGGUGUCACCAUGGCCACCAAACACCACAAUGACAUCCGCCAGCGGUGGAUCCUCCACGCAGUCCGCGGGACCAGCGACCAGUUCACCAUCCAGUCUGCCUGGGACAAGAAGUACAUUUCCGGCGGCACCCGCUACCUCGGCACCCUGACGAGCGACGAGUCGCGAGCGCAGACCUUUACCGUAAACUACAACCCCAACGGCGCCAUGUACACGCUUCAGGUCGGCGACAAGGAUCAGUACGUGAGCGUCGAGCAGUCAAGCGGCUCCACGCUGCAAACACUCCUUGCGUCGUCAGCCACUCCCCUUCAGUGGACUAGCCGGAAGGAGUGGUUCGAGAUCUAUAGCGUGUCAUACCUCAAGUAG